ACACAAGUGAGAGGGAGAAGCGCCGAAAUCGCUCUCAUGUCGAUGCCCCUACCCCCUCCGUUGACUCCUCUCUCUCUCUCUCUCUCUCUCUCUCUUCCUUUUCACAUUUCCUUUUCCUUUUUCUUUAUUCUCUUAUUAGGUAAUUUCCUCUCUUUGUGGCGUGCGAGAGAGUGCGCGGGAUCGGGAUAUGCGCAUGCUCCUCCCCUGCUCCUUAUCACCGCUGUUGCUGUGUACGAGGAGGAGUUGUCCGCGUCGCGCUGUUCGGAUUAGGUUACUCGCAUGGGCGAGGAGGAGAAGGGGGGGAGGAGGAGGAGGAGGAGGAGAGGGGGUGGGCGAUGAUGGGGAAAUUGGUGUUCGCGGUGAACGGGGAGAGGCGCGAGGUGUCGGAGGCGGAGGUGCCGGAGCCUUCGAUCACUUUGCUCGAGUUUUUGAGGACGCGGACGCGGUUUAAAGGGGCGAAACUCGGGUGCGGAGAAGGUGGCUGUGGCGCUUGCGCCGUUCUUCUGUCAACAUACGAUCCUGUUACUGACCAAGUGAAUGAUUUUACCGUCAGCUCUUGCCUAACACUUCUUUGCAGUAUAAAUCUCUGCUCAAUCACAACCACAGAGGGGCUCGGAAACAGCAAGGAUGGUUUCCAUUCAAUUCACCGAAGGCUCUCAGGCUUUCAUGCCUCUCAGUGCGGGUUUUGUACUCCCGGCAUGUGCAUGUCUCUUUUAUCCUCCUUAGUUAAUGCGGAUAAAACUAAUCAGCCCGACCCUCCAGAGGGGUUUUCAAAGCUCUUAGUUUCUGAGGCAGAGAAGGCUGUCUUAGGCAAUUUGUGUCGAUGCACUGGGUACCGGCCAAUAUUAGAUACGUGUAAGAGCUUUGCAGCUGAUGUUGACUUGGAAGAUUUGGGCCUUAAUUCAUUUUGGAAGAGAGGGGGUAAAAAUGCGAAUGCUGACAAAUUGCCGUACUAUAAACGUGGUGGGAUCUGUACGUUUCCUGAGUUCUUGAAAUCUGAGGUCAAAUCCUUUUCGGCUUAUUCGAAUGUUGCUGAGAUUAGUUCCUUUGGAGGAGGUUAUUGGUGCCGUCCUAAAAGUAUCAAAGAACUUUAUAAACUGUUAGAUUCGGAAGAAUUUAGUAAAAGCCAUGUUAAAAUGGUUGUUGGCAACACUGCUUCGGGUGUUUACAAAGAAUUGGACCUAUUUGAUAAGUAUAUUGACCUCAGAGAGAUUCCCGAGCUAACAAUGAUAAAAAAUAACCAUGAAGGCCUUGAAAUCGGAGCAGCUGUUUCAAUCUCUAGGACAGUUGAAGCAUUAAGGGAAGAAAAUCAAAGCUUAGUGUUUAGUAAAAUUGCUGAUCACAUGGAAAAAGUGGCUUCACAAUUUGUUCGAAACACAGCUAGCAUGGGAGGAAACUUGGUCAUGGCACAGAGAAAUCAUUUUCCCUCAGACAUCGCUACGAUACUUCUUGCUGCUGAUUCAACUGUUUGUCUUCAGCUCUCCUCAGAAAGAUUAAGUCUCACAUUGGAGGAAUUUCUAGAAAUGCCUCCAUGUGAUCAUAAAACUCUUUUAGUUAGCAUAUAUAUUCCCUCUUGGAUUUCAAGAACUGAUCUUUUGUUUGAAACAUACCGAGCUGCUCCACGCCCUCUUGGGAAUGCUUUAGCUUAUCUUAAUUCUGCCUUUUUGGCUGAGACUUCCUUAGAUAAAGAAUCAGGUGAUGUUGUUAUAGAGAAUUUACGCUUGGCUUUCGGUGCUUAUGGGUGCCCACAUGCCAUUAGAGCUCGAAAGGUUGAGAAAUUUUUACUUGGUAAAGCUAUCAGAUCAUCUGUUCUACUUGAAGGAAUUAGAUUGCUGAGAGAAACAAUUAUACCAGAACAAGGCACGCCGCACGCUGCCUAUAGAAUAAGUUUGGCUGUUGCAUUUCUGUUUAGUUUCCUUCAUCCAGUAACUGCAGGCUUGGAAAAGCCUAUGAAGAACAAUCGUAAUGUAUUAGAAAAUGUAUCUGUUAGUGCUGAAUGUCCAAACGGUAGUCUUAAUGGGCAUGCCAAUAUUACGCUUGAUAGUGCAUCUGAGCAUGGUAACCAUUGUAAUCGCAUGCUUUCUUCCUCAGAGCAGAUUAUGGAACUGAACAAAGAGUAUCAUCCAGUUGGCGAGCCAACUAAGAAAGCUGGAGCUGAAAUCCAAGCUUCGGGUGAAGCUGUAUAUGUGGAUGACAUCCCUUCUCCGAACGACUGUCUUUAUGGAGCAUUUGUAUAUAGCACAAGGCCUUUCGCACAUGUGAAGAGCAUCGAGUUCCAUUCUUCUCUGGCACAGCAGAAAAUCAUUAAAAUUGUUUCCGUUGAUGACAUUCCAAAAGGAGGAAGUAACAUCGGGGCAAGCAGUAUGUUUGGGUCCGAUCCAUUGUUUGCUGAUUCACUUACAGAGUAUGCCGGCCAACCACUUAGCGUUGUGAUUGCAGAAACACAGCGAUUUGCUAACUUGGCAGCGAAGCAUGCUGUGGUUGCCUAUAGCACAGAAAAUCUGGAGCCGCCAAUUUUAUCAGUAGAAGAUGCUGUCAAAAGAAGCAGUUAUUUUGAAGUCCCCUCAUUUGUCUAUCCUAAAGAGGUUGGUGAUUACUCCAAGGGAAUGGCAGAAGCUGAUCACACGAUUCUAUCAGCCAAGGUUACACUUGGUUCACAGUAUUAUUUUUAUAUGGAGACUCAAACAGCACUAGCUAUUCCAGAUGAAGAUAAUUGCAUGGUAGUAUAUAGUUCGAGUCAGUGUCCUGAGACAGCACAGGGUGUCAUUGCAAAAUGCCUCGGUAUCCCUUUCCACAAUGUCCGUGUAAUUACCCGAAGAGUUGGAGGUGGUUUUGGAGGGAAAGCACUUAGAUCAUUACCUGUUGCAACUGCAUGUGCACUAGCUGCAUAUAAGUUGCGGCGCCCGGUUCGUAUGUAUCUCGAUCGCAAAACUGACAUGAUAAUGGUGGGAGGCCGACAUCCAAUGAAAGUAUACUAUUCAGUGGGCUUCAAGUCCGAUGGAAAAAUUACUGCCUUGCAUAUAGAUCUAUUGAUUAAUGCAGGAAGAACAAAAGAUGUGAGCCCCAUAAUGCCACAUAACAUUAUCGAAGCACUCAAGAAAUACAAUUGGGGUUCUCUUUCAUUCGAUGUGAAGGUCUGCAAAACCAAUACUCCAACCAGGUCGGCAAUGCGGGCCCCAGGAGAGGUUCAGGGCUCGUACAUUGCCGAGGCCGUCAUCGAACAUGUCGCAUCAGCCCUCGGUGUUGAACCCAAUUCUAUCAGGCAAAAGAAUCUUCACACUUUUGAGAGCCUUAAAUUGUUUUAUGAAGGUUGCGAGGACGAAGCUCUUGAAUAUACACUCCCCACUAUUUUUGAUAAAUUGGCCUUUUCUUCGAGCUAUCGGCACCGUGUUGAAAUGAUCAAGCGAUUCAAUAGUAGCAACCAGUGGAAGAAAAGGGGAAUUUCCUGCGUACCCAUUGUGCACAAAGUGAUUCUUAGGCCCACUCCGGGCAAAGUAUCGGUUCUUAACGAUGGUUCGAUUGUCGUUGAAGUUGGAGGGAUUGAACUGGGGCAAGGGUUGUGGACAAAAGUGAAGCAGAUGGCGGCUUUUGCUCUUGGGAAGUUGUUGGGUGAGCAAAAUCAAAGCCUUCUGGAGAGGAUAAGGGUUGUUCAGGCUGAUACUUUGAGUUUGAUACAAGGAGGAUGGACGGCUGGGAGUACUACAUCAGAAUCUAGCUGCGAGGCAGUUCGUGUAUCUUGUAAUGUUCUUGUUGAGAGACUAAAAUCUCUUAAGGAGAGGCUGGAAAUACAGCAGGGCACGGUUUCGUGGGAUUCUUUAAUUAUGCAGGCGAAUCUGGAAAGCGUGAAUUUAUCGGCAACUGCUUACUGGGUCCCUGACGGGAGUUCUGCAAGCUAUCUGAAUUUUGGAGCUGCUGUAAGCGAGGUGGAGGUAGAUCUUCUCACAGGAACUACCACGAUUUUGCGGAGUGACCUAACUUACGACUGCGGCCAGAGCUUAAACCCUGCUGUGGAUUUGGGUCAGGUUGAAGGAGCUUUUGUUCAAGGGAUUGGCUUCUUUAUGUAUGAGGAAUAUUUGAGCAAUUCCGAUGGGUUGGUUGUUUCUGAUGGUACUUGGACAUACAAAGUACCGACUGUGGACACCAUUCCGAAACAGUUCAAUGUUGAGUUAAUUAACAGCGGAUAUCAUAAAAGGCGUGUGCUCUCUUCGAAAGCAUCUGGGGAGCCGCCAUUGCUUCUUGCAGCUUCGGUUCAUUGCGCGACAAGAGAAGCCAUUCGAGCCGCUAGGGCACAACUUUUGUCACUCAUCGGAUCUGAAGAAUCUCCUCUCGCGUUCGAUUUGGCGGUCCCGGCUACAAUGCCCGUGGUCAAGGAGCUAUGCGGGCUCAAGAAUGUGGAUAAGUAUUUGGCGUAUGCUUGUAAAUUGGCGAAUACCUAAAAACCAAUUUGGUUCCUUCGCACUGUAAGUUUUGUAUUUUUGAAUCUUAAUUCGUCAAAUAAGAAAAGUUUCCUUUUGGCUGAUUCAUAUUGAAGUAAAUAGCCGAGAUUAUAAUCUUAAUUUGUUCCAUUGCUGAACCUUA